GCGCCGGUGAGCCUCCCGGGAGCCGGGUCGGGUCCUUCUCAUCCGACUGUGCCCCUGCUUGCGACGGGAGGAGCAGGCUCCGCUUCCCGAUCGCCCCGCGGUUCCCGGAGGUUGCUCUGAGGCGGGGGAGGCCCUGAGCAGAUAUUCUGAUCGCUAUGGCAGCCACAAGAAACGUGAUGAGAGCUGUCAGAGUUUUUGAAUUUGGUGGCCCUGAAGUGCUUAAACUCCAGUCAGAUGUCUUAAUUCCUGAUCCAAAAGAAAAUCAGGUGUUAAUUAAAGUCCAUGCCUGUGGGGUAAAUCCUGUUGAGACAUAUAUUCGUUCUGGAAAUUAUGCUAGGAAACCAGCUUUACCCUAUACUCCUGGCUCAGAUGUGGCUGGUGUAAUAGAAGGUGUUGGGGAACAUGUGACUGCAUUCAAGAAAGGCGACAGGGUUUUUACCAUUGGUACGAUCUCUGGAGGAUAUGCAGAUUAUGCAGUUGCUGCAGCUAAUAAAGUCUUUCCUUUGUCGGAUAAAUUGGACUUCAGGCAAGGAGCAGCGAUUGGAAUACCCUACUUCACUGCUUAUCGUGCUCUUUUCCAAAAAGGGCGUGCCAAAGCAGGGGAAAGUGUGCUAGUGCAUGGUGCGAGUGGGGGAGUGGGAAUAGCAACAUGUCAGAUUGCCAGAGCUUGUGGUUUAAAGGUUUUGGGUACAGCAGGAACUGAGGAAGGCAUGAACAUGGUUCUGAGAAAUGGCGCUCACCAAGCAUUUAAUCACAGAGAAGCUAAUUACAUCGAUAAAAUUAAGGAAUACACAGGGAUGGAAGGAGUUGAUAUAAUAAUAGAAAUGCUCUCUAACAUCAAUCUUGCUACUGACUUGCAACUGUUGUCCUAUGCAGGAAGGGUGAUGGUUGUGGGCUGUAGAGGUCCUGUUGAGAUAAAUCCAAGAGACACUAUGAGUAAAGAAUCUAGCAUAAUUGGAGUUAGUCUGUUUCUUGCAACUGAGGAGGAGAGGCAUGAAUGUGCAACAGCAGUCCUUGAUGGCAUAGAAGCUGGCUGGCUGAAACCACUUGUAGGCUCUGAAUAUCCACUGGAGAAAGUAGUUAAGGCUCACGAAGACAUUAUUCAUAGCAGUGGUGCUCGAGGAAAGAUGGUGCUCCUUCCAUAAAGUCUUUUUGCAUUUAUUUUGCAGCUGUUCUAACUGCACCUUUGCUUACAUGGUGCAUUGAAUGUAUGUUAUAAAACAUACUUUUGAUCAGGUUUGACAGUAACAGCAAAUGCUAACUUACAUUAAUUAAUUACAUUAAUUAAUUGACAAUCUGUUUUCUUUUUGUAAUAAGCAGAGUUGCAUAUACUUUAAAGUAAUUUUUGUAGCUUUUUUGGGUGAUGUGGAAAUAAUAAAUUUUCUUGGCUGGUGUGGCCUUGUGAUGCUGGGGAAACCAAUGUCUAAGGUAGAAUUUGAUAUCACUCUCUGUGUGAAGUUACAGUGAGGCCACUGUAGGUAGUGCAAAAUGAAGCCUGCUUUUUAAGCAGAUACACAAAUGUAUAUAACUAUAUGUAUAUAACUAGGACUCUGUAAAUUCUUUAGCCACAAAAUUUAUCUUAUUCAUCUUUUGUCACAUAAUUUACUUGGAAUAAAAGCUUUUACUG